CGCCCGCUCUCCGUCUCCUUACAUCCGCUUCCGGCACCGAGAGAGCGACCGAAGUCUUCUAGUCGAGAAGCGGCGGCGACAUGGCGGCAGCGGCAGCGGUCGUGCUCGGGAAGGCCUCCCGGCAGCUGGUGGCUCCAACUCCGCGGGCCGGGCUGAAGCGGCUCCUCUCGGCGGCAGCGGCGUCGGGCCACGGCGAGGCCGGGUCCAGUAAGUGGGGCCUGUGACCGGGUGACCUUGCGGGGAAGAGGGCGGUCCUGCCGGCGCCGCCAAGGAGCAGAGCGGGCGGGGUUGGGGGGUGGACAGGCCGCCUCUGGGCACCGAACAAAGGGAGCUGCCUAAUGCCGAGCCAGGUCCCUGGUCCAUUUGGUUUGGUACUGUCUACACGUACUGGCGGCAGCUCUUCUGGGUUCCAGGCUGGGAAUCUAUUCCCAACCUUAUGCAGAGAGCUGGUUACAAGUAGGUAGCCGUGUUGGUAGAGACUCUUGAGAGUCCCAUGGACUGCAAGAAGAUCAAACCUAUCCAUUCUGAAGGAAAUCAGCCCUGAGUGCUAACUGGAGGACAGAUCCUGAAGCUGAGACUUCAAUACUUUGGCCACCUCAUGAGAAGAGAAGACUCCCUGGAAAAGACCCUGAUGUUGGGAAAGAUGGAGGGCACAAGGAGAAGGGGACGACAGAGGACGAGAUGGUUGGUCAGUGUUCUCAAAGCUACCAGCAUGAGUUUGACCAAACUGCGGGAGGCAGUGGAAAACAGGGGUGCCUGGCGUGCUCUGGUCCAUGGGGUUACGAAGAGUAGGACAUGACUAAACAACAACAAAGCCGUGUUGGUCUGCCGUAGUCAAAACAAAACAAAAAAUCCUUCUAGUAGCACCAUAGAGACCAGCUAAGUUAGUUAUUCCUUCCAGUAGCACCUUAGAGACCAGCUAAGUUAGUUAUUCCUUCCAGUAGCACCUUAGAGACCAACUAAGUUAGUUAUUGGUAUGAGCUUUUGAAAGUUGGUCUCUAAGGUGCUACUGGAAGGAAUUUUUAAUUUUUUUAAAUUUUAUUUUGUUUCAACUUAUGCAGAGAUGUCAUUGGGGAUGGAACCUGGAGCUUUAUGCAUGCAAAGCAAGUGCUCGACCACUGAGUGACAGCACUUCCCCAAAAGGAUCAUAGGAAGCUGCCUUAUACCGAGUCGGGCCAUUGGUCCAUCUAGCCAACCAUUGCUUACAUGGACUGGCAGCAUCUCUCCAGGGUUUCAAGAAGGGAGUCUUUCCCAGCCAUAUUUGGAGAUAGGAUUCAAUCCUUAUCUGGGAUGGAACCUAGGACCUUUUGUAUGUAAAGCUGUUGCCCUGCCACUGGUCUACGUUCUUUCUGGCGGCCACUAAAUAGGGCCUCCAUGGUCAGAAGCAGUCUACCAGUUGCUUAGUGCUGGCAACGGAGAAGGACUGCUAUUGUGAUUCGCUGCUCCCUGUAGGAGGCAGGGGAGAGCUGAGUUGGCAGAGUUAACGGGCUGCAGGAAUCAAGAGCAUUGGCUGGCUUCACGGUUUUCCCCAGAAAUGUGAUUUUUGUAUCGUGGAGACACACACUCACACACACACUGAUUUGCGAUAUUUUGCCAGGUCAGAAAUUAUGAAACCGAUAUCACAAUAUGGGCUUCAAACCACUUAUGGAUUAUAUAUUGAUAUAUCGCCCAGUCCUAGCUGCUAGAUCAGACCAAAGGCCCACUCUGCCCAGCAACAUCUGGAGGGCACAAGGUUGAGGAGCCUGGUUUAGGCAAGUCAGUGAAGGAUAAGGCUAUUAAUGACUACUAGCUCUGGUUGCUGUUCCCCAGUAUUGGAGGCAAUAUAGCUCUGAAUAAUGAUUGCUGGGGGUGAGCAUUGUACUCUGGUCCUGCUUUUGGGCUUCCCAGAGAAAUCUAGUUGGUUGCUUUGAUAACACAAUGCCUGUGAUCUAAUUCAAUUAGGUUCUUCUUACAUUCAUACUCUAAAAAAAGCACAAUUUAAGCUGAGGUUCUUUUAUUUUUCCUUACUCCCCACCCCCGCCAACCAUAAGUGCCUGCAAACUGUUCUGAAACACACUGCUUAAGUUAUUGGCCAGUUGAGAGGAGGGAUCUCAUUAUAAAGAAGCUGACAUUCAGGGAUUAAUUUUAUCAGUCCUGUGCUUUUUUUUCCCUUUGCAAAAAAACAGGGCAACCAAUCAGUUUCUGCUUGUGUGUGAAUUCUUUCCAUUAGCUCGCAUGUGGAAGAUCCUGUCCUUCGUGGUUGCUUUGCCUGGUGUUGCUGUGUGUAUGCUGAACUGCUACCUGAAGUCUCAGCAAGAACAUGAAAGGCCAGAGUUCAUUCCUUAUGCCCAUCUGCGCCUCCGGACCAAGGUAUUGGACUCAAACCUGUCCACAAGCAAGUCUUGUUCUUUAUUUAUUUGGACCACUUAACAAGGAGAUGGCACCAAACUGGAUGAUGAUGCCUUAAGAGGUUUCCAAAUCAGUGCAGUUUGGAAAGGUUCAGCCCUCCCAUCUGGAUGCAAAGCUGCAUCCCGUGGUAUCUAAACAUGCUAUUCCCCUGCCUUGGGAUCCAUCAUGCCAGAUAGGUUGAUGAUGAGAUCUCAAGAGGCAAGCCACUUUCCAAAAUUAUAUAGUAGAGAAAGGUAGUAAAUGUUAGUGCAAAAGCUGUAUUUCAUUAAAAAAAAGUAGCUGAAAAAAUGGCAAUGUUAAAGAUCAACUUAAAAAGCAAAGACAGACUGUCUCCCCCCCCCCCCCAAAAAAAACCCCUGCAUUGUGUGAUUCUGUCUGCUAGGUCUUCUUGCACCCAGCUCUGGCCAGUUGAUCUUGGGGUGCCUAAUGAAAAAUGAAGUGGAUCCCACCAGCCUGAGAUGUGUCCUGCCCUUCACCCCAUAGCCAGUGCCAUUUUAGUCCCACUUUAUUUUGUUAUCUAUCUUUUAUUUUACACUAAAACAUUUUUAAAGUGCAUUUGAAAUAUAUGUGUGUUUUGUUUUUUCUAAAUGUCCCAAUAGCUACUAAAAUGGCCCUGUUGGGUCAUUGCCUGGGGCCCACCCACGUGACUUUGUCCCAGCCACUGGUCUGAACGGAACAGGGUGGGAUGUACAUACCUAAAGAUAAAGAGCUCUAAUUUCCAUCAUGGCUGCUUUAGUUGAGAUUCCUGCAUUGCAGGAGGUUGGGCUAAAAAGAUGACCCUGAGACUCUUUCAGCUCCAUGAUUCUAUGAAUCUACAAUUCUAUACAGUUGUCAUUUUAAGCAUUUAGUUUAACUCAGUUGUCCCCAACCUGAGGCCCUCCAGACGGUCUAAUGACCAUGGCUAAGAGGAAUCUUCUAGGAGGGGCUCCCAAGCUCUGGGAUAGGUUACCAUGUUCAGUGUAGCCAAUUCAGGGAGUGGUGUUGACUGAAAGAGCCGUUAUCUUUUAUAAUUUAGUGUCAGCUCUGUCUUCUGUCUCUCGGUUUUGCUGGUAGUUUGUAUUUAAUUGUAAUCUGCUUUGAGUCACCGGUAACUCUGAAACUACUGUUUCCAAGUUGUCCCUGCUCUGUAGCAGUGACUUCUGAUCUAGCCUCCUGUUUGGUGCUAAUUAGUGCUUUUCAAGCAUCAUUUUCAGAAUAAUUGCUUUUUUAAAUAAUCUACUGCGCCUUUUUCAUUUAUAAGCUGUUAUGAGUAGUUGAAUUCCUGCUUUGUAGCUUGCUAAAAACUUUAAUCUCUUCUUUCUAUAGCCCUUCCCAUGGGGUGAUGGGAACCAUAGUUUCUUCCACAACCCCCAUGUUAACCCUCUGCCAACUGGCUAUGAAGAUGACCAUUAAGCAAUUGCAUCAUGCCAGCCAUGUGGACCAUUUAAGGUAGCUGGACCAAGACCCACGUUGGGACCAGCAGUGCUCUCCAUUCCUUAUACUAUGAAAUGAUGAAGUUCUGACCUCUAGCAGAAUGUAUUGUUCCAGAGGUCACAUUAAAAAGAAAACACUUUCAACCAA